AUGUCCGACGUCACCGUCAGCGGAUCGUGGCUCGGCAAACAAAUGGUGAGUUUCCGCCCGAUGCGAAAGAACAAGUUCAACAAAGACAAGUCCUACCCUUUCGCGGCGAGGGUGUUCUCGACCGAGGACUUGAGUGGGCCGUGGAGGCCGCCCGAGGCCUUCCCCGGAAAGGAGGAGGUGUCUGGCCUCGUGACAAUCGGCCUCGCGCGCUCGAAGGACGAGAAGAGUGGCGGCGCCAACGAAACCUUCGUGCUCACGGUUGGUCUGGAUCCGAACUCUGCCGCGAUCCUCGUCUCCCAGGGGACCCACGGCCUCCACGCCGAGUUGCACAGGCUGGGGCAGCUCGGAGAGACGCAUCUCGGAGGUCUGCUGGGCACAGAGGGCCGCAGCAACACCGAGGAGAACCCCACCAAGGAAUGCGUGGCCAUGCAGGCCAACAGGACGAGGUUGAUGAUUGAGGAGGAGUGGCUCGCGCGGCCCCGGGUGCUGGCCACGUGGAGCUGA